AUGUCAGAUGGUUGGAAUGCCAAGGCAAAAAAAAAUCACUCUCAUAUCCGUCUCUCACAUGCUUUACUUGACUGGCGUCCGAUAGAAUCUGCUCUUCCUACGCUGUCAAGGCCUAUAAUGUCUUUGGAUGCCAAUGAAGAUGCUAUAUUGGGGGCCCUGAAGCAGAGUUUGAGGCAACUGGAGACUCUUGGUGCUCAACGUGCAGGGCUUGAAGACAUGCUCAAAGAGAUGAAGAGGAAGGAUGAUAUAUUGCCCAAGUUGAUGGCAUCUACUGGCUCGUAUGAGGACCUUUUUAGGAAGGAGAUAUCAAAGUACGAUCACAUAUGUGAAGAAAUUGCCCAGAAUGUUGAGGCACAAGAGCAAUUAUUGUUUCAAAUUCAGGCUCAAAACGAGGAGUUUGCUGCCAUCUUUAACCUUGAAGAUUAUAAAGCAUCUCGUGAGAAGACCUAUAAGCAGAUUGAAGCUGCAAUAGCAAAGUAUCGAGAAAUUAAAGAAAACAUCAAUGAGGGGUUAAAGUUUUAUGUUACGCUUCAGGAUGCUAUCACAAACAUUAAACAACAGUGCAGUGAUUUCGUGAUGACAAGAAACAUCCAGUGCCGAGAAAUGAUUGAAGAUGUGCAGAGACAAAUGGCAGGUUUCAGUUUUCAGGACAAGAAUGCUGGUAGUGCUUACAACUACCCAGCAGUCGGACAACCUCAUCAAACUCAAAGAUCGUCUUCUCAGCAGCAACAAACAGAUCCGGCAAACAUCCCCCAUCAACCUCGUCCUCAUUCAUCGUAUUACCAACAUCCCGAGCAGCCUCCUAUGCCCGGGUACGGCCACCCCCCUCCUCCGUACGGCAUGCCACAGCAGCCACCACCUCCAUACCACGUGCCAGCUGCAGGGGGCCCACCAUACCCACCUCAACAACCCCAACAGCAGCCAGCAGUGGGCCACGAGUACGGUCAACCUGCAUAUCCUGGGUGGCGGGGUCCGUAUUAUAAUGCGCCAGCUCAGCAACAAGGAAAUCUUCCUCGUCCUCCUUACACCCUUCCGUCUCCAUAUCCUCCUCCGCACCACCAGGGCGGUGGCUAUUACAAGUAAAUAGUUUCGGAUGCUUUUAAUUUUUUCACCCCAGUGGCUUGUUUAUUUAUUAUGUUAGUGUCUCCGAUCUUUUCCCAUUGUCUGUAGGAUGUUUUGCAAAAUCAUACCCGACAACUUUCAACUAUACUUGUGUAUAGUGUGUUUUGUUUUUCCUAAUAUUUAUUAGCUGUUGUAGAAACCAUUUUGAUCUCCAUCUUAUAGAUCAUGUUGAAUAUAAUGCACUCUUAUGGAUUUUAGUUAAUAUAUUUUCAUGGUGUUUUAA